AUGGUGUAUGGGGGAAGGACCGGUCGAACCGAGGAGCUGGAGCUAUAUCACACAGCAGCAGCAGCAGCAGCAGCAGCAGCAGCAGCAGCAGCAGCAGCAGCAGCAGCAGCAGCAGCAGCAGCAGCAGCAGCAGCAGCAGCAGCAGCAGCAGCAGCAGCAGCAGCAGCAGCAGCAGCAGCAGCAGCAGCAGCAGCAGCAGCAGGAGCAGCAGCAGGAGCAGCUGCAACAGGAGCAGCAGCAGGAGCAGCUGCAGCAGGAGCAGCAGCAGCAGCUGCUGUUGCUUCAGUUGCUGCAUCACCCCUGCUGCUCCCUCCCCCUCCAAACCACGUCACGCAUCUGCGGGGAGUGAUGCAACCUCGAGACCGAAUCUUCGCCCACACGGCAACUUUUGUCCCCGUUUUCGUCGCAUCUGCGGGGAGUGAGGCAACCUCCGUGGGGAACACAUCUUGGUUUCCUCCUCGUCGUGCUCGUGCUCUUGAGGCGAGCCAAGAGUCCGCCUCUCCCUCCUCCUUACUCCGUCCUUUGCUGCGUCUCCAGCCCAACGCUCUUCAGAACCGUGAGCACGCGUCAGCUGUGGGGGAGACAUCUGGUGUUGCUGGUCGUAUCCGCCAGAACUGCUGGGAGGACUCAGCUGUGGGGGAGACAUCUGGUGUUGCUGGUCGUAUCCCCCAGCGGGGAGCAGCUGACCACCCCUCCAUCCCCCUUCACCUCCUCCUCCUCUUGCCGCAUCUCCACCCCAGCGCUCUCCAAAGCUGCGAUGAAGCGUCAGCUGUGGGGGAGGACAUCUGCUGUGCUGGUAGUCCUCUUGAGUAA